CAACAGGUGGCUUUUUGGGAGGAUGUGUGACAUGUUGCUGCAUUACAGACGAGGAUUGGUAGAUGGGCAGCCGGUAAUGUUUAUAAAUGCUGUUAAACAGUGAGUUCAGCCUCACAGACAACAUGAGGGCCCUCCUGCUUCUUGGAUUGGUGGCUGUUGCCCUGGCUGAAAUCACUCACUUCGAAGGAGAGAAAGUCUUCCGUCUGAAGCCUGUACUUGAUGAGCAUGUGACCCUCAUUAAGGACCUGGCUAAGAGCAUCGAGGUCGACUUCUGGAGACCCGAGAGCCCUGAGCUGGUGACCAUCGACAUCGAUGUGGACAUCCGUGUGCGGGCCAUGUACCUGGAUAUGGUGUACACCACCCUGCAGCAGAAUGACAUGGAGUACAAGUAGGGUCCUCAUUGAGGAUGUGCAGUCUUCUGUUGAUGCUCAGGUUGAUAACAGGCCCUCUCCCAGAGCCCACAGCUACACCAAGUACAACACCUGGGAUACUGUCCAGUCCUGGAUCGCCUCCAUUUCCUCCUCCAAUCCUAACCUGAUUAGCAAGCAGGUGAUUGGAAGCACCUACGAGGGACGCCCCAUGACUGUUCUCAAGCUCGGUAAGAAGUCCAGCUCCACCAAGCCCGCUAUCUUCAUGGAUUGUGGUAUUCACGCUAGAGAGUGGAUAUCUCCUGCUUUCUGCCAGUGGUUUGUCAAGGAGGCUCUGUCCACCUAUGGCAGUGAUUCUCAGAUGACCAGUCUGCUCAACCAGAUGGAUGUAUUUGUUCUGCCUGUCUUUAACAUUGAUGGCUACGACUACACCCACAAGAGCAACAGGAUGUGGAGGAAGACUCGCUCCAGGAAAUCUGGAUCCAGCUGCAUUGGUGCCGAUCCCAACAGGAACUGGAACGCUGGCUGGUGCACCACUGGAGCCUCCAGCAACCCCUGCAGCGACACCUUCUGUGGGUACAGUCCUGAGUCUGAGAUCGAGGUCAAGAACGUUGCCGACUUCAUCCGCAGGAACAAGUCCGUCCUCAAGGCCUACCUAACCAUCCACUCCUACUCCCAGCUGCUGCUCUUCCCCUAUUCCUACACCUUUGAGCUGGCUGCACACCACAGUGAGCUGCUGAAGGUUGCUGAGGGAGCUUCUGCUGCUCUGCGUAGUCUGUAUGGUACUAGCUACACCAGUGGACCCGGUGCUGCAACCAUCUACCCCGCUGCUGGAGGCUCUGAUGACUGGGCCUACGACCUGGGAGUAAAGUAUUCCUACACCUUCGAGUUGCGUGACACUGGUCGUUAUGGCUUCCUGCUGCCCGAGUCUCAGAUCAAGCCCACAUGCGAGGAGACCAUGCUGGCCGUCAAGUACAUCGCCGCCUACGUGCAGAAGAACCUCUAUUAAAGAGCGGAACUGCCAGGACCCCUGCCAACUCAGCUCCUCUACACCAGCCCCCAGCCCCUCCAACCUCUCAGCCAUCUCCAGCCUGUAUCCAUGGAUACAGGCACCACCCGCCAUGUUUCCUCGCUGUGCUUGACAGAAUGUCAAGAUGAGUGCAAACAAUAAAAUCAAUGAUCCAUCCCCA